AUGGCGCCUAAGUCUGGAUACUGGAGAGACAACAAGUACACAAAUGUCUUUUGGAAGUGUCAGAAUUCAAAUGCGUGCUUAGGCUCAACCAACCCAGACAAUAUCUCCUACACAGGCGAGUGUUCAGACGGCUACAAAGGAAACAUGUGUCAGUCUUGUGAAUAUGGCUACUCUAAGACAGGCACUGGCAUCUGCAGUCCUUGCCCAGACAAAGCCACAAACAGUAUGGCAAUUAUUGGGAUCUUCAUCGCACUUAUUAUCCUUUGUGCAAUUAUAGGAGUUUUCCCUAUAUGGCCCGAUUAUGGCCGUGGGUUCUCCGUGGAAAUCCCUCUGCUAGUUGAAAAAACCAGUUAAUUGGUCAAACCAACGCACUGAGUUGGUUUGGUCAACAGAGAAAUUCCACUGAGAAACCACGGCCCUUAUCGGGCCAUAUAGGGAAAACUCCUAUAUGGUUAAAUCUACAAGAGACUCUGCCUUUGUCCCAAAGUCCCUGACUUCUGUGUAUAUCAAAAUCUUUAUGAACUACCUUCAGCUGGUUAUGCUUGUGACGACUUUUAACCUCAACUGGCCAAGUCUAGUCCUUCAAGUCUUUUCAACACAAAACAGCGCUGGGUCAGUCAGCGACCAAGCCUUUUCCUUUGACUGCUUUUUACAGACGAGCAAAAGUGACCCAGACCAAUAUUAUUUCAAUAAGCUGAUACUUAUGAGUCUGAUGCCGAUCGGAAUAUCUCUAAUUGCUCUGGUCAUUUGGGUUUUUAUCGACCUUAAGCGAAAAAGUUUCAAGGAUUUUACGAACGACUAUCUACCUGCAUUAUUUUGCUAUUUAUCGUGCACCCGAACAUUGUCAAAAUGAUUUUUGGGUCAUUCAAUUGCAAGCAGAUAA